AUGGAUAAAGAUGUUUCGUUUCCAACCUCCAGAACAAAACCGAGCUUCCACAAUCGCAAGCGAAAGGAGCAGCUGGGUGUACUUUCUCCUGAAGAAGAGUGCGGUGGCCAGGGGACGCCCAGGGGCCCUCCUGGGGUUACCGUGGUCAACUGCAGCAGCCUUGGUGACUGGUUCGACGUCGCCUCGGGUCAAAACCUCUCGUGGCCUCUCGAUAACGUCACCGCCGGCUGCGACGGGAACGUUUCCGUCUGGGGCAACGCCACCGAGUACUCUAUCUACGACAGCCCUCCGCCCUUCAGCCUUCCUUCCACCAUCUUCAUCGGCGUGUGUCUCACUCUCUGCAUCAUUAUCACCGUCUUCGGGAACAUCCUGGUGCUAAUGGCCUUUAUCUGUGAGCGGGCCAUCAGACAACCGUCGAACUACUUUCUGGCCUCGUUAGCUGUGACUGAUAUUCUGAUAGGGAGUGUCUCCAUGCCCUUCUACACCGUGUACGUCCUGAUUGGCUACUGGGAUCUGGGACCAAUACUGUGCGACCUGUGGCUCUCCGUGGACUACACCGUGUGCCUCGUCUCACAGUUCACGGUGCUUCUCAUCACCAUCGACAGGUUCUGUUCCGUCAAGAUCGCCGCAAGAUACCGCGCCUGGCGCACCAAGAAUCGUGUGAUAGUUAUGAUUCUUGUGACCUGGGUCAUUCCGGCCCUUCUCUUCUUUGUCAGCAUAUUUGGCUGGGAACACUUCAUCGGGUACCGCGAUCUUGGACCCGGGGAGUGUAUGGUCCAGUUCCUGAAGGACCCAAUCUUCAACACGUCUCUCAUCGUCGCUUACUACUGGAUCCCACUGAUCGCGCUCUUCGUCCUCUAUGCCGGCAUUUAUCAGACUGCCUACCAGAUGUCUAAAAAGGCGCGAGAGAAGAGAAAACAGGCUCAGGCAAUGAUGAAUUUAAACGACGACGGGGGUCACGCUGACGAGGGUAAGAGCGAAGGCAAGAUGACCAUGUCCAAGACUCAGAGCACCAUCAUUAGCCAGGAUAAACCCAAGUGUGAGACGCAGAGCGGCGCCGCUCCUGUGCUAGCCGGGAACGACACCACCUGCUCCCAGAAAAUGUCCACGACAGCGACGACUGAGACAACAAGUUUCAUGGAGAAGAAGGUACUGGGGAAGGAUCUCGAGAAGUCCAGCAGCGGCAUUGAGAGCGAAGAUGAGAAAAGAGACAGCAACACAAGCUUGCCCAAGAUCGAGCCCCUGACGCCGUCGCGCAAAAGGGCUCCAACGAGCGAAUGUCAGACCAACUGCCUGGACCAGUGUUUGCUUGACUCUGACAACCCUCACCAGUGUCUGGCGACACCGGUCAUUCACCCCGUGCCGGCCGACUCCGUGGCAGCUAUCUUGGGCACCAGCCAAAUAAAUAAUGGUAUUAUUCACAACGGGCUCGGCAGCCCGAUAGUAUCCCCAUUCGAUGACCUCCCCAUUGUGCCUCCUCCUCCUAACGAGCCCAACCAGCUCCUGGUGCUGCCCCUCGCGGCCUCCACGCCUCUCACCCCCUGCACCGUGUCUGUUGUCGAACCCAUCGCCCCUCCCGCCAUGUUCGCCGACCUCCCAGCUCCCCAAAGACCGACCUCAUUGGAACUCAAACUCAGUGUGUCUCUAUGUCCAAUUUACGACUCUGUGAUGUCAAUGGAUACUAGUGAUAUGAAGUUUAUGGAUGAGAGCUCAGUCGUUGUUCCUUCCCCCGUGGUAGAGACGCCUCCGUCCUCCAGCUGGACCCAACAGGACGCCACUCUCUCUCCUGAUGAUCUCGCACGACGCCUGGACGCGGCGACGGCAGCCGGUUCACCAGCCAACACUGUCACACCCACUCCAAUGCCCUCGAUUAACGGUUAUGGGUCUCUCCGUCUCGACGUUUCCCCACUAAGGACGACGCCAACUAUACAAACCUCUGGAAUCCCAGCCAACGGAGGCCCGCCAAGUGCCUCUCUCACCGUCACGAGCAGAGGCCGCGAAAGCAGCAUCGAACCUGACAGCUGCGCCGAGCCAUCUCACGUGGACGAGAUCGCCAAGCCGAAGAAAGGCGUCUUCAAGAGCUUAGGUAAAAAGAUACGCUUCAAGAAGAAAAAGAAAGAGCCGGAGGAGAAGAAAUCCAAAUCACAGAACCGAGCAAACAAAGCCCUGAAGACCAUUUCAGUGAUCAUGGGAGCCUUCGUGGCUUGCUGGACACCUUACCACAUCAUCGCCAUCAUGGAGUCAUUUUGCCUCUGCACCAACAGUCACGUGUACAUGUUUUUCUACUUCCUGUGCUACGCCAACAGCCCCAUCAACCCGUUCUGCUACGCCCUCGCUAACCAGCAGUUCAAGAAAACAUUCAUGAGACUCCUCAGAGGAGACUUCCACGUUACUUAA